CUGAGCUACGUCCACCUGAUCCUUGAAAAGGAAAUCUGAGAGGUUCUUACUAUCGCUUUUUCAGUCCUAUAUAAGGUGGAAAAUGAGCAUCACAGAUGUCCUUAGUGCUGAUGACAUUGCAGCAGCCCUGCAGGAGUGCCAAGACCCGGAUACUUUUGAACCCCAAAAAUUCUUCCAGACAUCGGGCCUCGCCAAGAUGUCAGCCAGUCAGGUGAAGGACGUUUUUCGUUUCAUAGACAACGACCAGAGUGGGUACCUGGAUGAAGAAGAGCUGAAGUUUUUCCUCCAGAAGUUUGAGAGUGGUGCUAGAGAACUGACCGAGUCAGAAACCAAGUCCUUGAUGGCGGCUGCAGAUAAUGAUGGAGACGGGAAAAUUGGGGCUGAUGAAUUCCAGGAAAUGGUACAUUCUUAA